ACCAUAAACUGGACAAUCCCCGUCCACAGAGGAGCCGAAACCAAAAGGGCUUCAGUUUGGAAGCAUGAACUCGUGGAAUUGAGGUAGUACUUUGGUUUCUUUCAUCAUUUUCUUUCAUCAUUUCAGAUUGAAUUAGUUACAAGUCAUACAGAUCAAAAGGGAAUUAGGCUGACUGGUGGGGUUUGACGAGGAUGGACAGAUUGGUGCAUGGUGGGUCCUGUAAGUAAGGAGGAGACGUAGAUGUCAACCGAGAGGCUCAUGUGAACAUUAGAGAGGGUCGGCGUCGAUAAGUGUUACCCUUCAUCGCUCUCUUUUCGAUAUUUAGAAGUGUAAUAUUUAUUCUUAAAUUCCAUGGAUCAUUACAGACCAUGCAUGGUUCGUCAGCCAACAAUGACAUGAUUAUACUUGUUUAAUGGAAGCGCUCUUUUAACCAUCAAAGGCAGGGUUUUUUUCAUGGUUUUAGUGUUAAAUUUGGUCAUCUUUUCACACACGAGUGAGCAAGACAGAAAGCUGUAGAUGGCAAUCCCGAUCUCCUUCAGGCACGCUUUAUAUUCAAAAUAUAAUACCUACUCUCAUAUGAGAAAUCUCAAACGUUCGGAGCUCAAAACCUGAUAACUUCAGAGUUUUCAGAAUCCUCUGGAUUCUUCUUUCUAGGAGUCGUUGCGACAUCAACGGGUUUUGUCGACGUCACCUUCAACGUCCACUUCAUCGGGGAUAUAUUCGUUCAACACACCAAGUGAUUUGGAUAUACUGUAUAUCUAAUAUGAAGUGGAAUUCAACAAAAUGGUUUUAUUAAACUUUCAUUGAAAAUGCAACUAUUUCACAUCAAUUACUUCUUUGAAAACUGAUCCUAUACUGUACUCGCAUGUGCACGGAAACAAAGGCUUGAAUAGCUGGUUUUUGUAAGAAAAAUAGAUCUAUGCAUACAGCAUAGACUCUAAGGCAGAUAUAGACAUAUUAUGUGGCGGCUUCAUGAAAGAGGUUAACAAAUACGUGCCAUCUUCAAUUCGGUUUUCCAAUGAUCUACGUCGAAGGAUUUCUUAGAAGGUAUUCUGUGAAUUAGAUUAAGACUCGUAAAACAUAAAUGAUUACAUCGUUCACUCUCUUGGUGAAGUGACAUUUAACAUGUGACUACGGAUGGGAUGGUAUCGCAAACUGUAAAUUUAUGCUUGGAAAAGUCGCGUGGAAAAGAGUAAUAUAUAUUUCAGGCAACUCCUGAUUCGGAGCAUAUUUUUCAGAAAUCGGAUUGUUGCUUGAAUUCAUAUGCUAGACCCUGCAUUUACAAGAUUUUAGAGUCUCCAGAGAAAUCCUUUUCGUUUUAGAUUUUAAAGUAAUAGAAUUUCUAUCCAUGUAUGGAGGUUCAACAAUAACACGUGAUUCUUGUCCAGUUGUGACUCCUCCCCCUUUUGGAUGAUAGAAGAACGGUGUUGAUUGAAAAGCAAUACGAAACCAAACUGUUAAUUGAAUUUUGACAAAUCAAAUUACUAAGAGUUUUCGAGUGCUUGCCAAGUGAGAAUCUUAUUAUUGGAAUGCACGUCCUCUUUUGGAUUUUUUCUUUCGUACUUGGUUUUCUGACUUUUUUGGAGAUGUUGUCAAAUAUGAUGCCAGAUUUCAUAUAACUGAGAUUGGGACGUAUUACAUGUGUAAAAAUACUCUAUAACUUGCAAACUACCCUUUUCGGAUAACCACGUGUAUACUGAUUUAAUAAUUGAACACAAUUUGCAGUUAAUUGCCCGAAGUCGGCAUAAUUAUAUUCCAAUCCGUAACCUUUGCUUGAUUCAUGGAUUCGAUGCCGUGUGGUGAGAGUCUGCUAAGAAAUUUGACCACUGCCCAGCCUUGAUGCGUCAGAGUCUCAAACCCCAAGUCAUAUUUCGAAACAGUUUGCUUCAAUGAGCAUUAAACACAUUAUUGGAUAAGUGGAUGAUGCUACAUGUAAUAGCUAUUAUAAACCCUGAAAGUAGAUACUGGAUUGGCUUAUAGGAUUUAGACUUAUUACGACCAUUAGAAAGGGAGAGAAAACGAGAGAUAGGGGACACCGGGUGCUGCCAACUUUCGCUGGACCAAAGUAAAGUGACAACACCGUAUCAUCUCACCAUAGCUUUCUCAACGUAAUUUUGUGGCGUCCCCUAAUGUCCAAAGACCUAAAUCUAAUUCUAACCACAAAAACCAGUAGGUGGUAAAGAGAUCCCCAUCAAGGACCUUGUUUAACCGUGGUUUAACCAGGUCACAGAAAAGAGCAUCCUACCCUCUGAACUUUCACCUCUACAUUUCAUCCGCAAAGAAAUAUAUAGCAAAAACCAAACAAUUUUUCUCAUCUCAAUGGGGUUAACACUAUUGAGGAGCCAAAGAGUGAUACAAAUUCUCAUCUAACUCACAAACAUUAUCCCUUCAAACAAAUUAUAUUACCAAUAACUCGAUGAGAGAUCUUUUCUGAUAUUUUGGCGAAGUACCAACAUAUUUCGUUUGGUCCGGAUUGAGAGUUACCAUAUAACAACCUCGAGAACAAAGUUUGAAGAGAAGCCCGAAAGAGACAAUUAAGCCAAACGAUUUGUGGAGCUGUUAUAAUCGCUGGACGAUAUUUUAUUGGAGUAUUACAAGAUGGAGUGGACACGAAUAGCAAUUGGUCUCGUCAUAUUUUUAGUUCUACCACCCCACAUCAUUGGCCUUUGGUGGGCUGUAGGAAGUCCACUGAACUUCGACCCUAAUCGAAUCUGUAGACGAUCACGGAAGCUCCGUGGUAGCAGCAAGCAGAGAGACAUCUGUCUUCGUGAACCCGAGAUCGUCCAGGAGGUCGUUCGGGGAACGAAACUCGGGAUGAUGGAAUGUCAAUUUCAGCUCAGGCACGAUCGAUGGAACUGUACCACCAUGCACAAUUCUUUUAUUAAAGUUAUCAGACAUGAUACUCGACAAACCGCGUUCGUCAAUGCUAUUACAACAGCGGGGGUGACCUACGCCGCCACCCAGGCUUGUAGUAUGGGUAAUUUACUCCAGUGCGGCUGCGCAAACCUACCCAAUGGGCGUAACGAACUCGAGAGCAACGAAGCCUGGGUGUGGGGAGGGUGUGGCGAUAACGUCGAAUAUGGCUACACCAAGUCGAAGGAGUUCGUCGAUGCACAUAUGAAGAGGCGGAGUGAUAUAGGGACACUGGUCACAUUACACAAUAACGAAGCAGGAAGAUUGUCCAUCUCGAGGCACAUGCGACGGGAAUGUAAAUGUCACGGACUUUCAGGCUCCUGUACACUCAAGACUUGCUGGAAGAAAAUGCCCACAUUCCGUGACGUCGGAAACCGCCUUAAAUCUGCCUUCGACGGCGCCGUCAAAGUCACUGGCGGCAACAGCGGCGAGAAUCUUAUUCCGGAAGACGAAACGGUUAAACAGCCCACCAUCAAAGACCUUGUUUAUUCCAUGGAGUCACACGACUUUUGCGAACCCGAUCGUAAGUCUGGUUCCCUUGGCACGGAAGGGCGACGAUGUAACAGCACCUCGAUGGACGUUGGAGGUUGCGACAUCAUGUGUUGUGGAAGAGGAUACCACGAGGUCCUGGCUGAGAAGCGUGAAAACUGUAGGUGUCGGUUUCACUGGUGUUGCGUCGUCAACUGCGACACGUGCAGAGUGGUGCAAACGAUACAGACUUGUAACGGAUACAAUCUUGGGUGACACCCAUUAAUGAAGAAGUUUACAAAGACUUAAAAGAUGAACAAUCAAACUACGUAUUGCCGAUAGCAGGUCAUGUACAGGACAAUGCUAUUCGAUUUUAUCUCCAACGUGGACAUGUUGGCCAUCUUGGCCCAUAUUGUUAUUUUUCAUACUAGCUCUGUCUAUGCAUGCUCUUUUUGGUAAAGCAACAUGACUAUGUUUUACUAUAUCGAACAAUAUCGUUAUUUAUUAUCAAGUUGUUAUUUUUGAUAAAUAUUCGUAUGUGCUUCACUUUUUCUAAUAACCGAUGGAUGUCUACACUGACUGGGUCAUAGUAGCCCCUAAGCAUAUCAAACACGCACACUCACCCUCACACACACAUCCUCCGAUACAUAUUGAGAGAGGGGGCGGACAAAGGGGUAAGGGGUUGGAUGAAAAAGGCGGCGCGGGUGAUGAAUUCAUAUUCAUAAGCAAAUAUGAAAUUAAAAAAAUCUAAUUAUGCUUACACCUGAAAUUUCUAUGAUUCAUUGUCGGGUUGUAGUCUCUUUUUUCUGUAAACACAUGAAAUACCUGUACCUUUUGAUCAUUUAUUUUCCUCUAAAAAAGAUUCUGAUUGUUGUAACAUUAGAAAUUUCGUCAGAAUAGUUUUUAUAUCAUUCUAUGAUUAAAUUAAGAUUUUAAUAUUUUGCUUUUCUUCUUAUCACGAAAUGAUUUAAGAAGAUAUAUUUCAAAUGUAUAGACCGAAAUAAAUAUCUUAUUUUUGCACGUUUAUUAAUGAAAUACAAUUUGUAGAGAAAAGGAGAUUCAGCAUACAUCAAAUCGAUCGAAUAUCAAUAUAUCGUGGUUCAGAUUUUUUUUUAUAGGUGCUUAGUCCAACACACUGUCUUAUGUUAGAAAAUAGCAUGUUUACCGGUACUCAAUUUUUAGAUCAGUAUCGGAUUUGAAGGUGCCUUAAUUUUCCUUUCUUCAAAAUAUAUUGCCAAAUGUGUAUUCAGAAACCAAAUUAAAGCAGUGUAACUAACAGUUAUUGAAAUGAAUUCAAAAUGUUGGGUCGCUAAAUUGACUUUCCCAUUCCGCCCUUGGUAUUCAUGUUAUUUAUUUCAGCCUCGUUUUAGUUUGUGUUAUUUUGAUGUCCUAUAUCUUUUGAUGCAUAAUUCAUUGUUGUGAGAAUAUACUCAUCCUAAGACUGAGACACAUUCAUUUUUAAUGAAAUGAAUGUAAUAAGCCUGUAUAAUAUAACACUGCAUUUCACUUUGUUAUUGUUAACUUUCAACACCAAUAUCGACCUAGAUGCAUAUACCGACAAUUGUACUGGCGUGGGGCGGUAGCCCCUCUCCUAGACAAAAAUCCACAAUUCUAACUUUUUAUUUUUCUUGAUUUUUUUCUAUGUCAAUGUAGGCUUAUUUGCUAGACCACUGUCUUUGCUGGACCACCGUCAUACCCUCUGCGGGGACUUAUCAGUGUAUCAUCUGUCGUAUUGAUAUUUUGAUAGGCUCAAGCCUAUGUAACU